UUAUAUCCAACAAGGAGAGCUGUCAGCACUUCCAGAUGCAACAUUAUUAGGGUCCUGCACUAGGUGUUUCCUUCUAAUAUACCCAGGGGUUGCUUCGACCUGUACAGCAUCAUUUCAGAUUCUCUGCUGAUGUGGCACUGGGGUAAGGAUGAUCUGGAUCUUCCAAGGCACAACAUGCUCAUUAGUAUAUGAUCAGCAUUGUCAUCCCAAUCUUAACAGGAGAUCUCUACAAGGUUAACGUGUAUAAUUUUUUUUUUUGGCAGCCAUACAAGAAAAGGUCAAAGUGAUGCCUGGUAGUUGAUUUGUAGCUUACCAUCUGCAGCAUUGUCCUCAUUAGGGUGCUGUGCUGGGAACAAGGUGAAGAACCUCACUGGUCAUUGCUCCCAAGCACAGCAUUAUCUGGGUAGCUUUUCAGGGAAUGUGGUAAGAGAGUCAGGACUGCAGGACGAGUGUAUCCAAAUGUGAAAGUGGACUACUUGGCAUAGCCUUCUGUCUUAUCACCAUUAAGACUCCAUUCCCAGGACUGCUUAGGUAUUGUCACUCAAUGCAUUGUACAUUUGGCAUAACAUGAUUCCAGAUCUCCAGCUAAAGUGACCUCACAUAAACCACCAUGACCACCCCUGCCCUGCUCCCACUGUCUGGGCGCCGGAUCCCUGCACUAAAUUUGGGGAACUCCUCUAUCCCUCACCAUCGGGCCACCUUGCGGCUCUCUGAGAAGUUCAUCCUUCUGCUCAUACUCAGUGCCUUCAUUACGCUGUGCUUUGGAGCCUUCUUUUUUCUCCCUGACUCGUCCAAGCACAAACGCUUUGACUUGGGCCUAGAGGAUGUGUUAAUUCCCCAUAUAGACUCUGACAAGGGAGAUAAGAACUCGGGAAGUUUCCUCAUCCAUGGAGAGGGACAUGAUGAGCAUCGACACAGGGAGGAUGAGGAACAGCUGAGGAAUAAGAUUCGUGCUGAUCAUGAACGAGCGCUGGAGGAAGCCAAAGAGAAGCUAAAAAAGUCUCGUGAGGAGAUCCGAGCUGAGAUCCAAACAGAGAAGUACAAGCUUCUGGAGGAGUUAAAGAGGAAAGACAGCCAACCCUUACCACUGGCGCCUGUGCCUAACCUCCAAGAGAUAAAGAAUGGGGACCCCGGAGACCCGGAUAUACGGGAAAAACGAGACAAGAUCAAAGAGAUGAUGAAACAUGCAUGGGAUAAUUACAAACAGUACGGCUGGGGCCACAAUGAGCUCAAACCCAUCGCAAGGAAGGGCCACUCCACCAAUAUAUUUGGGAACUCGCAGAUGGGAGCCACCAUAGUGGAUGCGCUGGACACACUAUACAUCAUGGGGUUGUUGGAAGAGUUCAGAGAUGGGCAGGAGUGGGUACAAAACAGCCUGGACUUCAGUGUGAAUUCAGAGGUUUCCGUGUUUGAGGUGAAUAUCCGAUUCAUUGGAGGCUUGCUGGCAGCGUUUUACCUGUCUGGGCAAGAGGUAUUUAAGUACAAAGCUGUGAUGCUGGCAGAAAAACUGCUCCCUGCAUUCAACACCCCAACAGGGAUACCAUGGGCCAUGGUGAAUCUGAAGAGCGGAGUUGGCAGGAACUGGGGCUGGGCAUCUGCUGGAAGCAGCAUCUUGGCAGAGUUUGGCACCCUGCACCUUGAGUUCGUACACCUCAGUUACCUAACAGGGAACCCAGUCUACUUAAACAAGGUCAUGCAUAUCCGCAAACUCCUGCAGAAAAUGGAUCGUCCUAAUGGGCUUUAUCCCAACUACCUGAACCCUCGGACAGGGCGCUGGGGGCAGCAUCACACUUCCGUAGGGGGCUUGGGAGACAGUUUUUAUGAAUAUCUGCUGAAGGCCUGGCUGGUGUCUGACCGGACUGAUGCUGAAGCUCGAAACCUGUACGACAAUGCCAUAGAAGCCAUCGAGAAGCACUUGAUCCGCAAAUCAAACGGAGGCCUGACCUUUAUUGGUGAGUGGAAGAACGGACACCUGGAGCGCAAGAUGGGCCACCUCACCUGCUUUGCUGGUGGCAUGCUAGCCCUGGGGGCGGACGGUUCACCUGGGGAUAAAGCUGGGCACUACCUACAGCUGGGAGCAGAGAUUGCGCACACCUGCCAUGAGUCAUACGACAGGACAGUGCUGAAGUUGGGCCCUGAAGCCUUUAAGUUUGAUGGUGGAGCAGAAGCGGUUGCCGUGCGCCAGAAUGAGAAGUACUACAUCCUGCGGCCGGAGGUGAUAGAGACCUACUGGUACAUGUGGCGCUUUACUCACGACCCCAAAUAUCGGCAGUGGGGCUGGGAGGCUGCUCAGGCUAUUGAUAAGUACUGCAGAGUAAGUGGUGGCUUUUCAGGGCUGAAGGAUGUAUACUCGUCUGCACCAGCCUAUGAUGAUGUACAGCAGAGCUUCUUCCUGGCUGAGACCCUCAAGUAUCUUUACCUCCUCUUCUCCAGCGACGACCUUCUGCCACUAGACAACUGGGUAUUCAAUACAGAAGCUCAUCCCUUACCAGUCAUCCGUUUGGCCAACAGCACUCUGCCUGGGAGCCACGUGGUGCGAUAGAACUGUCUUAGCAAGGACCAUAUUCCUGGGACCACUACAGACUAGAGGGGGGACAUUUAUUGCAAACCUCUUUUACAAGAUGGCCAAUUAACAGUUCUUGAGGCACAAUUCCAUUAGUUUUUUUCUUCUUUUUUAUUUUUCCAUUUUAAUUCACCCCGUUUGCUGCCUGAGACCGAGGAGAAUGAUAGGAGAUCAGAGAGUGAACAAGGGUGGGAUUAUGUGACCAAAUAUCUCUGCUCUUAAAGGCUGCUGCGUGGGAGGUGUUCACAGGUUGACUGCUUGGAUUCCAGGCUUUUUUAAUGAGUUAUGUGAGGAGCUGAAAUACUGAAUCUGAAUGGCACUUUGUGGCACCAUUUGCACUGGGGCAGUGGGUUUUACAAGACAUUUUUAAUGUUUGGGUGGGUAGUUGUGGGCAAUAAAGCAUGGCAAGAGCUUGUUUUGAUCUCCACCCAGUGACUGCCAGACCAGCUUGCUGAGGUCUCUCUGGCAGUGACCAGGUGAAGAAGGCUGGAUCUCAGUGUGUGCAGGGAUAUUGAACAUUUAUAGAUCACCAGCGGCUCUCCCCAUCGCUCCUCCAUGGACACUAAGCCUUCUCAUCCUUCAGUUUGUGGUUUUUAGUGGCAUGAGCAAAGCAACAAGCAGGGGAUUAAAGAGACAGUGUACAGAUA